AACUGCAUCGUUAGUUUGUUGUCUUAGUGUCGCAAAAUCUCGGCUCACCACCUUGAUUGUGAUGCCUGUGUUAGGGAAGCUUGCCUUCGGCUUCGAUGCUAAAUGACGUAGCCUCUGCUUAGUGAUGCAGUUUCCAAUCGUUAGUUUUUAUGCUUGGAAUUGAUGGUUCUGUUAGGGAAAUCACCUCAUGAAUGUCAUGUUUCCUACGAUAGAUAUCCUUUUUCUAUGUUCUCCAAUCUGCUCGUGACCUAAAUAAUUCCAGAAUGUCAACAGAGACUCGGACCGGAACCUUUAGUCUCAUCUAUCAUUUCUUGGAUCGAACCGAUCAGAAUGACACUAAUGUCGAUUAUUCCUGUUUUCGCCUACAGCAGAAUUCAUAUAACUAGCAACCAUCAACCAUGAGUACUCCAGUUGCCGAAACUAAGCCAGCUGAGGAGCAGGUCCCGAAAGAGGAGGUAAAGGAGGAAACUUCUACAACUACUUCUGAGGAGGUACAGAUGAAAGAGGUGAAGAAAGAGGCUACUGCGGAGCCUUCAACUGCAGCGGAACCUUCGACUACCGCGGAACCGUCGACUGCUACGGAACCUUCGACUACCGCGGAACCGACUACUGCGAUGGAGGUGGAUUCCUCGCAAACCGAAACGAAACCCGAAGCUACUUCCGGCGAAGAAACCAAGCCAGAAGUCAAAGCUAACGGUGCUACGAGCGAUGCCAAGGCGAAGAUUGACAAUAAGCUUCGCCUGAAUGGUGCCGCCCGGAAGCGUUUCAGAUGGUUGCUAGAUCAGGGCUACACACGGGAAGAGGCCGCCCAGCUAGCCAAAGAACCGCUGAAGACUAAAGAACUGCGUGACCGGUUCAAUGCCGAUACUAAGAAAGUCGGCAAAGCAGAACAGGUCGAUGUGAAGGUAGAUGAAGAACUCAAGAACCUCAGUGGCGCAGCGAAGAAGCGGUUCAAGUGGUUGUUGAAGAACGGCUACACCGAAAAGGAAGCGCUCAAAUUGGCUCGUGAGCCAAUGAAUGCUAUUGCAUCCAAGCGUAAUUUGUCGACGAACGAUGGUCCGCCGAGCAAGAUAUCGAAACCAACACCCGAGGUCGCGGGAGGUAUAGUGAUGGCAGUCGCUGCCAAAGACUAUCCAACAACGUCUCUAACCAAUGCGCAAACUAACGCGGUCAAAUCCGCUAUCCUGAAGGAAGUUGUCCAGCAGAAGGACUCUGAACUAAAGCCUCGUUUCGAGAGCUGUGUUCACGUCAAGGGAUAUCUGCGGGUUCACUGCUCGGACCAAGAGACCCGUCAAUGGCUUCAACGUGUCGUAACUAAACUGACCGUUCCCGAGGGCAUUAACCUAAAGGUGGCCUCUGAGAAGAACCUUCUCAAGGGUGAUAUUUACACUGGCUAUUUCACCGACAGUCGUGGCGAUACCAACGAGGCAAUUUUGGAAUUUGUUGAGAGCCAGAAUGAUGGCAUAAACACUUCCAAGUGGAAGAUUCUUACCCGUAAGGAGAUUCAGAACAAGCAGACGAUUGAGCUGAUGUUCACUGUGGAUCAAGCAUCCGCUAAGAGCAUCCACAAUCUUGGCUACGAGUUGAAUUACAAGUUCAACAAGAUCAAAAUCCGCAAGCAAAUCAAAGCAUCUGACAAGGCACCGGUAGUUGCCAACAGUAAUGUCCGUAUGGCUAGAAACAUGGCUCCUCCACAGAGGGAGAGAAGAACCUUCAACCAACCGAGACCGAUUUCUUCGGGUUCGUUCGUGCCCAUCUGGGACAGCAAUUUGCCUCAGAAGCGCGCUGGAAAUAAUUUCAAUCAGUUCGACAAUCCGCGCAACUCCGGUAGCGGAAACGGCUGGAGUAACGGAGGAAACUCAUUUGGCUUGGGUGGUGGAGGCAGUGGCUCCUUUGGAAUGAACAAUGGAGGUAACUCUUUCGGAGGCUCCAACUCCGGAGGCAACGGCGGUCGUUCCAACUCCGGAGGCAACGGCGGUCGUUCCAACUCUUUCAUGGGCUCCAAUAGUCGUUCAAACUCCUUCGGGGGCUCCAACAACCGUUCCAACUCCUUUGGAGGUUCCAACAACCGUUCCAACUCCAACAGCAACUCCUUCGGAAUGGGCGGUGGUCGUGGUGGAAACCAGUCGAACAGUAACCGCCCAUUCGAUUUGGUCGACAGUCUGUACGAUCAGCUGAAGCUCAUCGGUGGCACUGGCGGCAAUAACGAUAACAACAAUGGCAACGGCUAUGGAUCAACACGCCGCAGUGGAGGCAAUAAUAACGGUGGCGGCAGCAACCAAUGGGGUCGAAAUACUUCGAGUAAUUCCUCCUUCUCCGGUCGUAGCAACAGCGGUCUGGGUAACCGAAACUUCUUCACUACGACAAGAUCGGGUUUCUUUUAAGAAGGAACGACAGUAUUUUGACAUUGGUGUGAAUUUUUGUCUAUUGUUCAUUACAUAACUCAUACAUAAAUAUUUGAACACAAGUAAAUACUGAAUACAUGAACUUUGAAUACUUGAACUAAAUAAAUACAUAAUGUAAGUGUAAGUACAAA